GUCCUCUCUGCUCUCUCUGUCUGUCUCUCCCUCUCUCCCAAGAUCUUCUCUCUCUCUCUCUCUCUCUCUCUCUCUCCCCCCCCUCCAAUCAGUUCCUUCUUCUGAUAAUCGACAUUCCGUUGAUGUAAUGCAAUCAACCGUUCAUGCCAUAGCCCAGUAAUCCAAAUCGUCAUCAGCUCCCUCCUUGCUCAGAAUUCUCAAUUGGUCGUCAAUCGGGGGAGGGUUUCAAUCGAAAAUGGGCAAGAAUCAAGCUUACAAAGCUAUGCAGAGAGCUCGCGUCGGCUCGAGCUCAGCUGUCCCCGACCAGAUCGAAGACGGCAUGGUUCAUCUGAAACAGAGGAUGUGCAGUUUAAAUUCACCCAGACAUGCCUCAUGGUGGAUGGUUCCUUUCAUUCACCAGCGUGGCAUGCUGCUCGAUUGGCAAGUCUUAACACUUCUCAUACGGUUACCUGGGAAGAGUUCAAGAGGAAGCAGAAGGAAGAUGAAAUGAAGAAAGGAGAACUGGAAAAAGACACAGAUCGAAUGAUGAGAGAGUAUAGAGCACAACUGGAUGCUGAAAGAGCUCGCAAGCUUGCUCAAGGGAGAAACCAUUCUAGUAGUAAAUCAAAGCACAAAAAGGAUCGGAGAGAGAGAGAUUCAAAGAAACGCAGUAGCAAAAGAAAGAGAUCUAGUAGGGACUCGUCUGAAUCUAGCUCCUCCAGUUCAUCCUCUGAUUAUUCGAGUUCCGAUGAAGAUGAGAGUGAAAGGAAGAGGUCAAAGUCAAAGUCUAGAAGAAAGAAGGACAAGAAGCACAGGAAAAGAAAGCAUAGUAGCAGCAGCAGCAGCGCUGAGGAAGGGAGAGAUGGCCCCGUACCGCUCUCCCGAUUCUUUGAGAGUGCGAAGAAGUAGUUCCUUUUCCUAUUCUUAGUACACUCAUUCUCAUAAGAAGAUUAUCCUCUCAGACAAGUAGAUCGAGCAAAUUGCUGACCCGCGUUUUAUUGCGUUGUAGUUCUAUUCACAGUUCAGUGAGCUCCUAAAGAUAAUGUAUGUUUCCAUCUCUUUCCUUUGAAUAUAUUUCAGGAUGGUUAGCUGAGUAUUAAGGUAAAGAGCGCAUUGUUGUUGACUGUA